AUGUCAAGCAAAGAGUAUUCUGUGGAAGAGCAGUUGAAGAAAACUCCAGCACUGAUAUCUAUCAUGGAUCUAUUAAUGAGCUGUGACAGUCAUAAGGACGCUUUGUUGAAAGUACUAAGUGGGAUAAGUGUACCAAACAAGAACUACAUCGACCCUAUCGAGGUAGAGAUCAGGGACCAACAUGCCUAUUGCUUCCAUGUAGAUGGAGAACCUGAUGGUAAACCAUGGUAUCACGACAUCAGGAAAUUCCUUGCAUCUAGAGAAUACCCGGAGAAUGCUACUAAUGGUCAAAAGCGAGCCUUCGGGAGGCUGCAAAACCACUUUUUCCUCAACGGGGAAGUCCUGUACAGGAGUACCCUAGAUUUAGGUUUGUUGAGAUGUGUAAACGCUGCCGAGGCAACCAAGUUAUUAGAUGAAAUACAUGCAGGAACGUGCAGACCCCACAUGAAUGAGUUCACAUUAGCCAAGAAGAUCUUGAGAGCUGGAUACUUUUGGAUGACUAUGGAAAGCGAUAGUAUCCGCUACGUACAAAAGUGUCACUAG